AUGUCAGGGCUGCUCCAUGGAUAUGUGUGGCGUACGUUUCGGUACAACGACUUUGAGGCUGAAAGGAGUGACAUCCAAGCUAGCAGCAGCCACCAAGUCUCUCCGGACCACAGCGGAAGGGUGCUCGAUAAAGGCCUCGAAGACGAUGACAAAGGCGCAGACUCGGAUCCGGAGACCGACGUAUUUCAAGGCAUCAACCUCACUUUGACAGAGAAUGUGAUGGAACAGUAUCAGAUGUGUUGUGAUAUCAUGAACUCGGAACCAUCAAGCAGUGUCCAGAAUAUCAGAAGCUCGACUAUCACGAGAUGUGUCCGUCACGGUAUCGAAGGAUUAUUCUGA